GACUUUGAUUAAUCGAAAUUGAGAACCGUUUGGUUUUGUGCAAGUUGCGACUUGUUUGAGUUUGGUGGAUUCCAAGCUUGUGAGCUUUGUAUCGAUUGAAUAUUCUCUUCAAUCGUGGUCGAGCAGCUACCCUUUUAUACCAUACGAGCAUUCCCCAGGUGUGGAAUUGUCCGUUGGUUCCGUUUUAUCCCAAUUUCGUAUUAAGAGCGCUUUGUUCUUGAUUCUAGUUCAAUCAAUCUUUGGAUUGAUUGUUUGCUGCGUUACUUUGAUAAAAAUACACCCCCAGGGGCGUAUCAAGUGGUAUCAGAGACGAGUGGGCUUCAGUUUCAUGAGCUUCAGGAAGCUUCAAAAGGAAGAUUUUUUAACUCAACCCACUGCCCAGAACGUUCCCUGUUCUGUUUCCGCGAAACGGAGCUCCGCGCUAUGCUACCUUGACGAUGAAGAAGAGGGAGUGUGGAGACCGGAGAUCGCCACAAAAGUCUUCCACGAGGUUGAGAGAACGACAAAUAGUCAAGAGGAAGCUCCAGAUCAGGCUGAAGUUGAUCGAACGCCUCCAUCGACAAGCUCUCCGGAACUCUGCCAUGUUUCCGCGAAGCAGAGCAUGAGAAAGAACGAAUUAGUGGGAGCUAUGGGGGAUUGGUCGAGCCCAACCAACGAAGCCUAUACCUUCCCCUCGACCCCCAGAACGUCUUUGGUAGAUUCAUUGGAGAGAAACAAACCUGAUAUUGAAGAUUCAAUUCGCGCAAAAUCCCUUCUGUUCACAACGGUGAACAGCUGCCAAAACUCCUUUGGGCAUAUAGCGAUCGAGUGUGAAUCGACGCCAACGACCAACGAGGAAUCAAUCAAGACUAUGCCCAGAAGCUAUUGGGACGAACGAAUCGAGUUGGAGAUGCCUGAGGUAGAAACGCCCAAAUCACAAUCAACAAUUCUGGGUUUUGGGCAUUUGAAAACGGACGACGGCGGGAAAGGAUGGGGAGCUGGGUCGGCGCGAAUGGUGACGAGUCGAGACAAAGGACCGGUUUAGAAAGUCUAUUGGUCAUAUGACGAAGCUCUUGGAAGCAUUGAAUUAGAUUGGCGAGGCCUAAAUCGAAAAUCCCCAAUUUUCUCAAUGAAGAACACAGACCUAAAUUUCCAGAAUUGCAAGUUGGAGAGGCCAUCUUUCGAUCCAAUUUGGGAUCAAUUAUCUGAAGUUUUUGACAAGAGGAAAGAUCAAGCUUUGAGGGCAAAGCUUUUUGAAGAGGGAGAGCCUGAUAUGAUCCAAAUUGGCCACUUCUACAAGUCACAAUUACUUGUCAAAGAAGCUAUCAAGGUUGGAAAGAAGAAGGGCAGAAUUUGGCUAAGUCAAAAUCUGUGUUCAGGGUACAUACUUUGGAGGCAUAAUUCUCACAAUUGGCUUUGUGAAAAUUCAAUUUUAAGGGUUUUUUUUGCAGAUAAAGUUGUCAUGUUUCCAAUGGUAUGCUUUUUUGAUCCAGAUGAUGUCAUUAAGGUUGUUUUCCAAGGCCUCAAAGUUGCUACCUCAAAACUGGAAAACUGCCAGAAAAUGGUUCAGUCUGGAAACUGUUUUGUGAAGCCUACUUUGGAGCUUAAUUCGAGGAGUAUGGAUCAUAUUCAAGUCCAAAGGCUUCCACAACAUGAAACUAGGUAUGUUUGUGAACAAAGGGAAGGAAUUGGA